UCUUCGCCUGCGCGUCAGCUGACAUUACGCGCAUGUGGGUAAUGCAGGCAAGGAACUCUCCAAAGUGUUUUACUGCGAAUCUGCUGUCACAUUUAUGGGAGGUGCUUUGUGUUGUUAAGGCUACAUUUUCAUACGGACUCGUUGAGGUGUGUUCACCUAAUUUGGCUGAAAUUAAUACACCGUCAGUUGUUGACAGUGAGAAGUUUGCUCGUAUAAACGAAUUGACUUAAUAUUUAAUGGAAUCGCAUCCUGUUAGGACCAUACCUAUUCGCCAUACUUUAUGACAAGUCAGUUUUACGUUCAUCUCGUACAAGUUUCUGGGACUGGUGUGUUCUGUUUUCUACAUAUGCUAUUUAGUGUGGGGCAAAGCAGCUAGCACUCUGUGCUGUCAGUAGAGAAGGAACCCGAAAAUAAACAACCGUCAUCGUUACUGUCACUCAUUCUUACUGAAUCCUGAAGUUGUCCAGAUGUUAUCUAGGAAGCAAAAGAAAAUCCAACAAUCUAAAGGCCAAGGAGUAGCAGCAGCCAAACAGCUUGGUCUUUUUGUGGAUUUCAAUCCUGAGGGGAUGGUGAUGGACUUUAAUGAUGAUGGUGAAGAUGAUGAGGACCUGGAAGCAGAGCUGGCCUCUAUCACGCAUAAAAAGCCAGCAAUGUCAAAGCCAAAGCCUAAAGGAAAAACUCCACUACCAAUGGAAGACAUUGCAAAAAUGGCUGAAGAAUGCAUGCAAGAUAUUGACGAUGAUGAUGAUGAUGAAGAUUUAGAAAAUGAUGAAGACUUACUGGCAGAAUUGCAUGAUGUGGUAGGAGAAGAUGAUGAAGAAAAUACAGAGCUUGAGAUGGAAGUCACAGAAAUGCCUACAGUUAAAGAAACGCCCACAAAUAUUCUGCCUCAACCUGAACCUAAGCACGAGAAAACUGUAGCUGCCGUGGUUUCAGUGGAAUUGCAGCAGAAAGUGACAGAGAGACUUGAGAUGUACAAAACAGCAAUCAGCAAUGCAAAGGAGGCUGGAGAGACCUCCAAAGUAAGACGAUAUGAACGAGGCCUAAAGACAUUGGAAUCCAUGAUUACUGCAGUAAAGAAGGGUAGACCAAUUAAUGAAGAAGAAAUUCCUCCUCCUGUGGCUUCAGGAAAAAGUCUAACACAUGAUUCCCAACCAGAAGGCCCAUCUUCAGAGGUAACGGAAACAACAGGUGAAGUGUUGGCUAGGGAUAAGGCUCCUGCUGCAGAGGAUUUGCCUGGAGUCAGCAAAACUAAAGAACGUGCAGAAACACCAGAAUCUGAAUACACAGCAAACUCUGCACCUAAAACGGAGAAACAGCAAGAGGCAUCCACCAAUUUGGAUGCUGUAUCAGACACAAAAGCGUCACUGAUUGCACGCCAGAAAGCAUACAAGUUAGCAGCAGUGAGAGCCAAACAGCAAGGAGAAAUUGAAAAGGCUAAGCGAUUCAUGUUAAUCGGCAAGAAAUUUGAUACUUUUAUUAUGGCACUUGAUGGUGGACAGCAGAUAGACCUCAGCAGUGUUCCUCCGGCUUUAGAAGAAUUCAUAGAUUUUGAAAAAAAGCCUGACCCUAUUCCCACAAGUGCAGUCCCAGUGGAGAAUACACAACCUGUGUCAUCAUCCUCUCCUCCUACCUCUGUAGGUAAUGAGGCACCAUCACAGCCAGUGACAGUGUUAGAUGCUCUACAGCAGAGAUUGGAGAAGUAUAAUUCAGCAGUAGAGCAAGCAAAGGCAGCAGGGGAUGAGCGGAAGGCUCGAAUGCAUCAGAGAAUAGCCAAGCAAUAUCAAGAUGCCAUCAGAGCACAUAAAGCAGGGCGGCAUGUCAAUUAUGCUGAACUACCAGUUCCACCAGGAUACCCUCCUAUUCCUGGAGUGGAAGGGUCUGGAGGAGAGGAAGGAGUUGCUGCAGUGCUGAAAGUGGCUUCUAGACUUGCCACUGAAGAAGUGAAAGAAGAUGAUGAUGAUGAUGACAAUAAUGAUCAAAAGAAUGUGCCAUCCAAAACUGAAAGCCAGCCACCUGCAUUUGUGAAAAAGUCAGAUAAACCCGAAAAGCCGACCCAAAUUGUUAAGCCAAUGCUGGCUCCUUCUCCCCCAGCACAAGGAGAGAAGUCUCCUAGAACAGCAAAACGAGUGUCACCAGUUUUACCAUCAUUGACAAAAACAGAAAAAGCAGGCUCACAAGAACAACUAUCCACAGCAGCACAACAACUAGAGUUUCUUGAGAACAGGAAAAAACAGUACAUGAAGGCAGCAGUGCAGGCAAAGCAGAAAAAAGACAUUGAACAAGCCAAAGCUUUUCUGAGGAUAGCUAAAGGUUUUGAUCAUAUGAUUGAAGAAGCAAAAGAAGGGAAAACUGUGGAUAUUUCAAAGGUACCAUCUCCUCCAGCUGAUGAAGAUGAUGACUUUGUAUUAGUCCACCACAGUGAUGCAAAACUGUCUGAAAAAACUGAGGAGCUGUAUGAACAGCUGAUGAAAAUGCUCAAGGAGCAAUAUGAGAAAUGUGUACAGUACUCCAAGCAGUUCAUUCAUCUUGGAAAUGUGGCAGAGACUACAAAGUUUGAGAAGAUGGCUGAUGAAUGUAAAAAGAACACGGAAAUAUUGAAAUUAGCCCAAGCUCAAGGCACAGAGCCUCCUAAGUAUCAUUUUGAGGAUUGGAAAUUUAAAACUGUAAGGAUAUUUCCAGAAUUAACCAGCACAGAGCUGGAGCUGUUAAUAGUAAAAGGACUGAAUUUGCCUGCUCCUCAAGGUAUGGCGGCAAAUGAUCUGUAUACGUUUGUUAGAUUUGAAUUCCAUUAUCCAAGUUCGGAGCAAGCACAAAAGAAUAAGACUAAUGUUAUUAAGUGUACCAAUUGUCCAGAAUACAAUCAAAGUUUCAAGUUAAAUAUCAACAGAACACACAGAGGGUUUCGAAGAAUAAUUCAAACAAAAGGGAUCAAGUUGGAAAUUUUUCAUAAGGGGGGCUUUCUUCGAAGUGACAAACUUCUAGGAACAGCACAUAUCAAAUUGGAAAAACUUGAAACAGAGAGUGAAGUGAGAGAGAUUAUGGAGGUCUUUGAUGGCAGAAAACCCACUGGUGGGAAGCUAGAGGUGAAAGCAAGGCUUCGAGAACCUCUUAAUGGACAAGAUAUCCAGACAUGUUCAGAAAGAUGGCUGGUGUUUGAUUAAAGCAAAUGGUUGAAUUGUAUUUGGGAAUAAAUAUGCAGUAAGUCAGUCAGAAAACCAAAACUUUCCACUGGACAUUUACCUUACUGGAAAGCUGCUACAUUAGUAAUGACCAAAGGAAUAAUUACUUGUAUUUUCUGUUCUAGUCACCUUUCUAUAAUAUGUCUUUAUCAAAAGUAUGCCACACAUUGUUAUACUUGGGUGUGCUGAGGGGUAAGAGCUUUCCAAAUCAAGUUCACUUUAAUGCAGGUGUGCUGCUGAUGCUUGGGUCUUUAUUCUUGGCCUGUCUUGGGUGCCUUGAAAUAACAUUUAGAUGCUUCACAGCAGGUUUAUGCUGUGUUAUGUUUGUUUCAUCAAGUAUGGUAUGAAUCUUAAAAUAGUUUUUGGGUAUUUUUUAUUUUGCUGUUAUAAAUAUGCAGUGAAAGGUUUAUAAAGAUGGUUUUAUUUAUUUUUGGGAGUCUUUAUGGAUAUUUGUUUGUACAUAAAUGUCUUCUAAUAAGAUUAAAAAGUGUAUAUUAAUAAAAUAUGUGUUAAUA